UAAAAAUCAUAUGAUUAUUAAGGGUGUAGCAAACUAGCAAAAUACAAGUAGUGGUAGACUUCUAUUUAGAUUAUUUUAUACAAAAGUAAUAGAAGAUAACUUUGACAAAAAAAAAAAUGAAGAUAUGUGGACCUAAGUAUGCCCUAUGCGGCCUGAUAUUAUCUACUUGGGGUAUAUUCCAAUUACUCCUGAUGGGAAUAUUCUUUUAUUACAACAGUGUAGCUUUAAUAGAAGACCUUCCAUUGGGAGAACAAACUUUUAAUAAACCUACAGAUUUUUAUGCUGUAGCAGAGAGGGGUUAUAAACAAAAUGCAUAUAAUUGUUGGAUUGCAGCUUGUAUCUAUGUUCUAACAUUCUUAUUCUCUGGACACCAAUUUUAUAUAAAUUCUAGAUCAUCUUUAAGCGUUUAAAAUAUUAUUAGCAUGUGAAUACAAUAAAUAAAAGUACAUAUAAGUAUAUAGUAUAGUGAUACAUUAUAAAUAUAAACACAGGAAUUUAGGAAUAUGUUAAAUACAAAUUUCAAUAACAGAUUUUUUGAUUGCAUUCUAAUAUUAAGAAUUUGUGUUUAUUUAAAGAACAUAUAAUAAAUUAUACUACAAUAUAAAUGUGUAAAAUAGAAGAAUAUAGAUUAUUCAUAUUAUGUAUAUGUAUAUAUGAAAAUAUACCAAAAAAUUAUUGUUGAA